CAUGCGAUGCACACUAUUUUCAUUUUAAAAAAUUGCUGAUCAGGUUUUACACCCGAGCAAUACCUGCAAUUGAGGUUUCCUCCCGGGAGGCAGCCACCUGUCAGCAUGGCUCAAGCAUUUGUGAACAGCAGAAUCCAGCCUGGGAAGGUGGCAGUGUUCAUCGAGCCCACCUGCCCCUACUGCAGAAGGACCCAGAAGCUCCUCAGCCAAUUGCCCUUCAAAGAAGGGCUUCUAGAAUUUGUUGAUAUCACUGCCACCAGUGACACCAACAAGAUUCAAGUUUAUCUGCAUCAUCUCAUGGGAGCCAGAACAGCACUUUGGGUCUUUAUGGGUGAAGAAUGUAUAGGUGGAUGCACCGAUCUUGUAAGCAUGCAUGAGAGAGGGGAGCUGUUGACUCACCUGAAGCAAAUUGGAGCUUUGAAAUAAUUACAGAGCAGACCCCAAGCUGAUAUGGCACUGCAGAUGAUGACAGCUCUUCCUGGUGGCUGGACCCUGGGGCUACCUUCACCCAGUUGCAGCAACUGUUUACUUAAAAUUCUGA